AUGGUACAGCUAAUGGGUUCCCUACGCCCAGGGUACCUAGCCCUGGUGGUGUGCUGUAUCAUCCAGCCGGGAAGUUCCUAUUACUUCGAGAAAGGUUUCGACCAUUUGUAUACAUAUUCAUCAAGGUCUGACCUUUUCGGCAUGCACCAUUUUACUACAAUAAUGAAGUUCCGCAUUCGACCCGUGAAUAAUUCUGAAAACAUGAAUUCAUUGAUGUUGGAUAGUUUUGUUCAGCACUCAGAAGACGGUUAUAUUGCGGAAAAUCCUCAGCAGUGGGAUUUAUCAAAAAGGUUUUAUUUCCGGUUGAAUAAUGACGGCACCGUUGCCAUGGUGCAUUACGACCACGCUGAUGACGAGGAAGUUAUAGCUCUGAAAAAAGUACUAACAAGUACUCUGUCAGCUAAGGCUAACAUUCACGAGACUCAUCCACGUGUGUUUGUUAACCGGGAAGUUGACCAUACCGGUGAUCUUGAUCACGAAUACAGCGUUUCACGUGGAUCUUGGGGAAUCGUGUUGAGGCGAUCUCACAAUAGUACUGACAGUGUUCACAGAAAUCACAGUAAGACCAUGCAUUAUAGCAGACACGGAACGGUGAAGUAUGUACUGGCAGAUGACACGAUCAGACUCCGCCAAUCGGAUACAAGGAAUAUUAGCACAAAUGCAGUGAAUGCCGCCCCGAUACAGGAUUGGUCAUCUGGAGAGUUUCCACGAAUUUCCUCAAAUGCCGUUUCCAAAUUAAGACUCACGCAGAAAAGCCCACAUGCUGCGGAAUUAGAUGGUACACCACGUUUUGAUCGGUUGAUCAACGGCAGCCUUCUUAUAACCCCCAGUGAGAAACUGAAUAGAACAACACUUCAAGAAGUAAAUGAAGAAAUGGAGUCAACCCUGACAUGUAUUCGAACCUAUGCCAGUAAACAUGCUGCAAACCGAACGGCAUGUGUGCGUCACCUUCGGUCAAUCAUCAUGGCUCUACAGGAAGAAGACUACCAGGUACUAGCUACGCGUGCCUUGGGCGUGGUCUGUGCUGUCAACGAUACCACGUGUGCUGAUCAGCGAUCUAUGUUUAUAGAUAUCAUAGGCAGGAAAGGAGACCCAUUUUCACAGAGAUUGUUGCUGCAUUAUUUAUCUCUUAAUGAAGAUGCCAACGAGAAGGAGGCUUUCAGAAUUCUCUUCCAUUUCAUCAUCUUGGAGAAACCAAUACCUGAACUGAUGUUGAAGAUAGAACAUCUUUGUUUUGGAAAAGACAAUGAGUUACACGGCAUUGAUGUUCUGACAAAGACACAGAGAAGGGCGUGUUUAACGUUGGGGUCCCUAGCUAAAGUCGUAAAUGAGACGGAUCCACAUGGGAGAGACAGGAUCGUUGCAAAGAUGGAAACAUGGCUUGGACUACAUAACGAAACUAAAUCAGCACCAAUUCUUCGCCAAAGAAGAAAACGAUCUGUAACAGAUGUCGACCAUCCAAGGCUGAAUCACAUCGUUACCAAAUUGGUCUUCAUCAAUACGCUGGGAAAUUCCGGAAUGGAAAGGUCUUUAGAUCAUAUACUCUCAUAUCUACAACCAAACAAGGGAACCUCUACCUGGAGACGUGCAGCCAUCCUCAGUCUGCGUCACUACACGUGUAACAAAAGUGCCAAUGCCCUUUUACAGGCAGCCUUGUAUGACGAACAUGACCUGGUGAAAGAAAUUUCACUGAAGGCCUUUUCUUACCACCCCAAAGGACAGACUCUCCUUCCUGAACACUACGACAUGGUUUUAACGAGAAACUACUCUUACCCGGCUCUGAUGAGGCUCAAGAGAGGUGUCAUUGACAUUGACACGACAGGCGGUUUUCGCCUGACCAUAACAAUACCUGGCAUCCAUUGGGAAAAAACUAUUGGAUCAGCGGACAUCGGUGCAGGAUUUGGCCUCAACAUCAGAAACAGGAUGGAAUUAGAGCUCAAGCCGCUCCAAGGCCAUUUUCUCAUCGAUGUUUAUGACACAGCAUUUGUGGAGGCAUACUGUGGUCUUCUGAACAUACACAUUGACAUCUUCAGGGCUCUAGUAUGUUAUAACGGCCAUAUUGGAUACGACCUAAACGUGCUGAAGGAUUUUGGCAUUAACAACGUUCAGGACUUGGUCAAUAUUUUUGAUACCAUCAUGAAAAAUACCGUAGACCCAAUCAAACGUGCUGUUAACAACUUCAAGAAUAUGGUACAGACGUUUAAAGACGGUGGAAUUCAGAAGUUGUUUAAUAGUCUCGUGGCGGCAGUAAAGAAUCUACCACAGGUGAUCAAAGCGGCUGCUGACAAGUUUGUAGCAUUAAAGCUGAAGGUAGCUGACUUUGGAGGACUGCCCUGGCUAGACGACAUCAAGAGACUCGUAAUGCGAGUUAAAACAUUCAUAGAAGACGUCAGGGACGAUAUAAUGGGGUUCUACAACACGGUCGUAGAUGCAGUGACGGUAACCUUGCCAUAUGUAGGGAAACAGCUAAUGGAUGCUAUUGCCACGCUCAUUUCCGCGGUCAAAUCUAUACUCUCCAACCCCUCACAGGCUAUGAGUGGAAUAGGUCAGGCACUUAUGAAAACAAAAAUGGCAAUAUCCAUGUUCUUAGAUGUCAAAAACCAAGUGUUGGACGCCUGCUUUUUCUUGAAAGGGAAGACACCGUAUUGGAUGACAAUAGGUGAUGAAGUGAUUGGAAUAGUGGCUGAUAUGAAGGAGCUGAUAGAUCGACUGUCUAGCCCUGGAUCUGACGAACUAGCAGGUUCCGAUGUGGAUCACCUUUCCAUGGCGAUGUCUGAUGGUAUACAACACAUGGAAGAGCAGGCAGCUCAAAUUAAAGCUGAACUAAUUGAAGACUUAAAAGAUGCUAUUGGACCUCUCGGCACUAUAUUUGAAGUUGCUAAGCCAGUGAUAGACACGUUCCGUUCAGUCAUGGAUGUUGUCCAAGGGAUCAAAUCGACGUAUGAAUUUCUACGAGACAUGAUCAUAAAAGUGAAGUCAAUGAUACAAAAGAUAUUCGGUCCUAAGUUUAAUAUCAAGUUUCCAACACGGCGUCGUGAAGAGAAUGCGCAAUGUGGUCAAGGAGUUUGGCCUACGACGACUGCAGGGAUGUACAAAACUACGGGAGUUGACGUCCAUCUCAACAAAGGAUCAAGUGUUCGGUGUCCUGUGAAUGGAAUGGUGUACAGAAAAGCAUCCUCACAACUCCUCGUAAAACCUUCUGAAGCCGACUUUCUUCAAUUUGAAAUAGUUAUCGACAACGUAGAAGCAGACAGAUUUGUCUCCAAUUCGGGAACAUUUUUUGAAGCUGGUGAAAAGAUAGGGAAAGCAAGAAGAUCCAAAUGCUCACCUAAUUUUAUUCAUGUAGCUAUGAGACAGAGAACUGCAUCCAUGAACCUACCUGACGAAGAUUAUAAUUAUGUGGACCCCUCACCAUAUCUUGAUAGACUAGUGCCAAUCCCGCAGUGGAUAGAGGAAUGCAAUGAAAUGACCUUGAUUAUAAUGAACAAUGUAAUUGAAGUCGGAGCUUUGGAUGAUGAGGGUGCGCAGGAAGAAGUUGAAGAAGUUGACAGCACUAUUAAAGAUAAUGACAUCAACCAGAUGGACGCAACCAAUGAACCGGAAUACAAACCUAACAAUUUUGACUCCGGCUCGUCACAAAACGUUGGUAGCAAUUUUCUGAGCGGAAUGCAAGACUCAUUAUCUUCUUUUUCAGAUCUGAAAAAUAUGUUUUCUGGAGAGAGUAUGAAAAUACCUAACAUCCUUGAUAUAGUAGAUCUCAAACAAUUUACUGUGUCUGAAGUAACAGAUAUUCUGAGUCCUGGACUGGCUACGGAUUUUAAAAACAUCGUACAGAAACUUGCUGGAACAGUGAAAAAAAUGCCAUCUCUUCCAGCCGGAUCACUCUCUAUAAUACAACUUCGGAAUGUCCUCGGGGGUGCUGCGAAAGGGCUAGGCGACAAGUACUCUAUGAUUUCAAAACUGUUCUCCUUGGCAGAAAAUAGUUGUCCAACAUUUCGCGAUGGUCUUAACAAAGGAUUAGGACAUGUUUGCCAAGCCCAUGCUGACUGUCUGGGUUUAUCAUGUGAACUGAUACUUCCGUACGGUUCACUUGACAAGACGGUAUCUGUAGAUAUCAGUGUAAACCCCUGUGAUGGAUUACUCCAGAUAGCUUUAUCAACAAUCAAGACCAUCAUUACUCUCGAUGGCCAUGAUAAUCACAUCCCGUUGUUUACGCUGGGAGGUCUGAGUGCUGGACUGAUAAUCAACGGUGACAUAAUAGACAACGUCGUUGUCCUCAGCGUAGAAGCAACGCUUUGCCAUGACGAAUAUCUCUCCUGUAUUGUGCCAAUCAAGGUCACCACUGACAUGACAUUUCCACAAGUCGACAUCUGUAAUGACUUUAUCAUUGGUGGAGGAAUGGAUGGUCCUGAUGUUGAAAUAGAGAAAAUGACGCUUGGAGAAAUGAUACUAGCAAUAUCUCAAAAUGACGUCAUGGAUCUUGUUGACAUGGAACUUAUCGGAAAAAUUCGGGACGCAGUUGUUUCUGAACUUUUCAAGAACCCAAAAAGUCUUCUACAGCUCCGGGGAGAAGAAUUUCAAGAUAAAAUUGAUUUUUGUGUAGAUGUUGACAUUCCGAUAGAACCGCUGGAUAUUAUUUUUUUCGAGGUGUCGUUCAGAUUCUUUGUGGGACCAGUUCCUCUAAGUUUAGCUUUCGGUGCCGGAGGAUCACUCAGUCUGGAUGUUAACUUAGGAGUGUGUUUCCUAAGCAUGAUCGCAAAGGUGAUUGUCACGCCCGGGGCCGGAGGCAGUGUUUGGGGGAUUGCAGCAUUAGACUUAGGUUUUGCGAGAGGAGGAAUCAAGCUUAUUGGUUAUUUAUUGGAAACAAAAUUCCCUAUCAUGGGAAGUAUAGGAUUCAGUAAAUUUCCACUGGAUGUCACAGCGAAGAUGGACCUGAUUCUUGUACCGUUAAAACUGGACCUUCGAGGCUUUGCCGAGCUGAAUCUUUUAUUUGUGACAGUCACUGUAUUUGAUGCAAGUUUGUGGUCGUACACAACACCAACAAUAAAGCGUAACAUAUUUACUACUCCAAUGAUAAGCUCAGAUUCGUCUCCCCCCGAGUUCCCUCCAAAUUCUGUUAGCUCUCGGAGAAAACGCAGCAGUCCCAAAGGAUGCUUGGUAGAACAGGUUAAAUUUCGAAGUCCUCUUGAUGCUGCAUUUAAACUAGAAGUGUCAACUUUGGAUGAAACGAGUCAAGUAAAACUAGUUUAUGCAAUUGGUACACAACACGGUGGUACAAAUGUCGUUGACUGGACAGAUAUGGGUGGUGCGUCUCUCCUAGUCCCUACUAACGACUUGCCGAGUGGUGUACCACUUUACUGGACCGUAAAGGCUAGCAAUACACAAGGCUUGCAAGCAUUUUCUUACUGCACGCUUCCAACUUAUGAUACCUCUAUUCCUGACGGUAGAAUUGACCCGUCGUACAAGUUUUCCAGUCACCCUAACAAGCUCAGUGGUACGGUAGUUGUAUUUGAUGACAGUACAUUGGAAAAAUCACAUGAAAAAGCCAUUGGGUUUAGUUCUGGUAAGUAUGGCAGCGAAUUGGUACAUUGGGGCUCUCUCGAUAUUGAUAAGACAUCUAUUAGGGAUGGAGUCGACAACGACCUUAAAUAUUUCAGUGUACCUCGAAUUGGAAAACUAACGGCGCUCAACUUCAAAACCGCUAAAACGCGCACUGCGAUAGAAUGCGCCAGACUCUGCUUGGAUCAUCCCACAAAGUGUGUUUCGUUUGACUAUGAAUACCAUUCCGAAACAUGCGACAUGCACGAGGUUGUAGAAGGUCCGCGCGCCUCGCUGCGUCAGAGCGGGACCUACAAGAACUACGAAAGGCUAGGAGUCGGACAUAGCUCGUACGUACUCUACGACAAUUUAAAUCUGUGCCACGCCAUUGUGUAUUACAUUAAUGCUAAAAUAACCAAUACAAUUGGGUACACCGCGUAUAUAACAUCACUAGGCACAACUAUGGAUUUCACGCCGCCGUUUACAGGUCCUUUGGGAACAGCCGCCCAGGUGACCAUGCAGGCGAGUCGAUGUUCCGCAGCCGUUACCCAGAGAUGUAUCGAAGUCACAUGGAAAGAAAAUCAUAAGAUAGUAAUUGAUGACAAGGAAUCAAGAACUGUAUUCAACGGUUACAAACCUCUCCAGGACGAAAUAUACACCAUAAAUAAUCACAUGGCUUCAGUUAACUUUGACGGUUUCCAUGAUGACGAGAGUGGUAUUUGGGGAUAUACCUGGAUGGUGGGAGAGUCAGUAUGUACCCGGGAUAUUAUAGAGGAGUCUGAUCCCCAUCAACAUCUCUCAAGUAAAAAAUACUGGACACAUAAUGGUUACGAGAAAGACCUACACCUCAAGGAUGGUCAAUAUUUCGUCACAGUCAGAGCUCUCAAUAACGUUGUGUUCGGUGGCGCGUUCGUUACAACAGUUUGCCAUAGCACGCCAUUCACGGUUGAUACGACACCGCCGAUCUUUACCGAAGUCCUUGAUAUAUUCUAUGACGAAGAUUUUGACCUGCUCGCGGUUUAUUUCAACGCUUCUGACCCACUUUCCCAUCUGGCGCGGGUGGACUUUGGACUUGGCAAGACAAAGCAUGACGUCACAGUCCGCGGAUACAAACUGCAGACAUACGUCACAAGGGAUGAACCAUUUGUGGCUGUAGAAAACCUCGGACUUGGCCACGGAGUUCCGGCAUGGUUACGUUUAAGAGCAGUCAACAAUGUGGGCCUUCAUACAGCAAGGCAUGGAGACCAGCAGAUCCUAAUCGACCUAACCCCGCCUAAUGUUGGUGUUGUCCUUGAUGGGAACCAAAUUGACACAGACGUAGACUAUCAGGCCGACACGUCCACCAUGUGUGCCCAGUGGGUCAGCUUCUACGACGAGGAGUCUGGUAUCAGGGAUUAUAUAUGGGGUGUCGGAACUAUUACGGGUGCGGAUGACGUUGUAAAGUACCAUAACCUGACCCACCAUUACAAGCGUUCUUGUGCCGGUGAUCUGAACCUGAAACACAAUACGACCUACUUCUCAACAGUGAAAGCCUAUAACGCUGCACUUAAUUCGAAAGAGAGAAGCGGAAAGUCAGACGGAGUCCUUAUUGACAUUACCCCUCUACUGCCGGGGAGAGUUUUGGAUGGAGCGAUAUUAGGAGAGGAUAUUGAUUUUUCAUCUGAAACGGCUACAAAAUCUUGUAACUGGAAUAAUUUCUCUGAUCCUGAAAGCCACAUUUCAAAAUAUGAUAUUUCAUUAUUCAUAAAUAGGGAAUAUAUCCAGACCUUCGAAUUAUUUGCACUUACCCAGUUUACGGAAAUAUCUAUCGCGAUGAAUCACCUUGAUGAAGUGGGUUUUGUCGUCACUGCCGAGAACGGAGCGGGGCUUAGAGCAGAUGUGACGUCAGACGGGUUUUUGGUUGACCACACGCCACCGGUGAUGAACUACAUCAUUGACACAGAAAAUGCUAAACGCUAUCAAAGUUUCAACGACCACCUAGAUGUUUCGUGGUCAUUUGAAGAUGGUGAUUCUGGAAUAAAGGAAUAUAGAUAUUUCAUAAACAAACAGCAUCAGGGCGGUAAACACAAGUCAUGGCCUGCGAAUGACGCCUACGAGACAACACAUUCUGCAUUGAAGGAAGGACCGGUAAAUCUCAAAAUUGAUCAAAUGACUUUGGUUAAUGGCGCAAUGUAUACAAUUGUUGUAACAGCUAUCAACAAUGCUCUUCUUUCGACCUCCCAUGAAUCUUUUGGUGUAGUAGUUGACGGAACAUUGCCAUUACUGACAAAGGUACAUGUAGGACUCCCAAAAGAAGAGGAGGACGUAGAUGAGCUGAACAGAGUGUUACAUGUCGAUCCUAACAUUUUAACCAUAAGUUGGGUAGGCCAGGAUCCGGAAAGUGGAAUUGAUAAAGUUUAUUUAGCAAUCGGAACAACACCUGGAGAUUUAUCAAUCACUGGAAACUUCAUAGAAUUCGGAGGAACUGAGAAGAUAUUGACAAUAAAGGACAUUGAACUAGAAACGUUUUCUGAUUCUAAUACAGUGUAUUACGUAUCCGUUAAAGCUAUCAACGGUGCAGGACUGGAGUCAAACACCGUAUCAUCUAAACCUAUAAUAUUACUUAAAGCCAACGUACCGGGCCAAAUCUUUGAUGGCAGAGAGGUAUCCAUCGAUAAAGACUAUACAAGAGAUAGGGGUUCAUUAGCUAUCACAUUCGCUGGAUUUCAAAGUGAGGCUUGUGAUAUUCGAAAGUAUGAAUGGGCGAUUGGUUCUGAUGCGUUCAAGUCCGACGUAUUACCUUACACAGGAUAUGGACUUAUGGUACACAACUCGUCACAUGGACAGGCUCAGAUACAUAUGGACUUCACAGAGGGAGAAACUUACUACGUCACUGUAAGGGCACAGCCGGGACACAACUGCCAUGAAGAGUACAUAGUGGCAUCGUCCGACGGGAUCAAACUCGAUACCUCAGCUCCAGAAAUCCACUAUAUCGGACCAGUCCCGGGCGACACGCACUAUGUACACUAUGCCAACGUCUACUACCAAUCCAACGCUGAUUCUCUUGAUCUUGUUUGGAACGUUUCGGAUGAUUCAGCUGUAAAGAUGGUGUCAGUUUCUGCUGGAAGUCUUCCGGUCCUGACAGAUGUAAUUUCGACCCAAGUAAUUGACACUAUGGGUACACCAACAGGUUUCUUAUCACCUACUAUAGGUUUAUCAACUUUUCUGACAUUAAAAGUUGAGGAUCUGGUUGGAAAUCGCCAAGAUAUAACUACUGACCCAGUCAUUGCCGACAUAUCACCGCCUAUGGUUCGAUCUCUAAAAUGCACAGAAGCUGUUUCAUUAGAAAGAUCUAUUGUAGCAUGCUCAUGGGAAUUCGUUGUCGAGGAAGAGAGUGUAGUAAAAUCAUUGACGAUAAACAUCUUUUCAUCAUACAACAAGCUACCAAUUGAACUCCAAAUACCGCAUGGAAGACGAUAUUUCGUCGUUGACGCGAUUGACCUUUUGAAUGCAACAGAACUUUCAAUUUAUCUGACCGUUUCAAACAUCCUCUCUCAAAAUACGAUUUAUGUACAAACGGUUAAAGUGGAUAAUACACCGCCUUCCUCUUUGACCGUUAAAGUUGUGACACAGAUGUCGUCAGAGGAAAUCACAGUUCACCAACGAUGCCAAAUCCCUCAGACAUUUGUUGACGUAUUAGUGGAAAACCCUACAGACGCAGAAACUGGCAUUGAAAAGAUAGAAGUUGCCAUUGGUUCCUCGCCUGGCCACAACGACAUUCAUCGCUAUUUAGAUGUGCCAUUAGUAGGUAAAAUAUUCUUUGGAAAUCUUGACCUUGGACAUGGUGACACUUUUUACGCUGCGGCGAGAGUGACUAACAAAGCGGGCUUGUCUAAAAUGUUCUACUCGGACAGUGUAACGGUCAGUGUCCGGCCAAUAUUGACCGUCGGCGAUGGAAGUCCGGGAGGAGACGAAGAUUAUCAAAGUAAUUUAAACACAAUCAGAGGAUUCUGGCGUUUCUCCGAUACAUGCGCUAUUGACAUGGUUCAGUGGGGAAUAGAAGAUCUCCUAGGAAACGUUAUUAAAGAGUUUGAAGAUGUUGCUGAGAACGCGCAGGUAUUUGAUAACGACGAAUUUACUUUGAAAAAUGGAUUCACCUACAUAAACAUAAUAAAGGUGAGAGACGCGUUAAACAGAACCUUCACGUCGGCUUCUGACGGCAUCACGAUCCGUAUUCAACCACCGAGCCCUGGUGAUGUCCGAGACGGUCUGUAUGAAGACAUCAACUAUCAGCAAAGCGUUGAAGAACUAUCCGCCAAUUGGGACGACUUUGGUGACAAAAAUGGGGAUCCUACACAGACAAUUCGUUACUAUGAAGUUGCUAUAGGUGAUGACCAUAGUUAUCCAAAAACCCAAUCGAAUAUUCACUAUUAUGUUGGUGUUGGUUUAAAUCGAUCUCACACGUUCCAUAAUUUAAAUUUGACGGCCCUGGAUGUUACUUAUUAUGUAACGGUGAGAGGUAUAAGUAUUUCUGGUAGUCAAGAUGAGGCCUCAUCAAAUGGUAUUAAAGUAGGAUUCAAAGACCAGAUCGUUUCUGGGUUGAUCGAAACGCCAGCCGUUCAAUCUGACAGUUCGAAAAUUAUCGCAUCAUGGACGGAAUUUCAGUCUGAUAUAGGAAUAAAACAGUACCUUGUGGGUGUUUAUAGCAAUGAUUUCAAAUACAACGUCACUGUUUACACAAAUGUAACAACAACAUGUGAAAACUUUCACAGCUCAUUAGAGCUGUUAGACGAGAAACCCAUGUCAGAUAACGGACUUAAUACUCUUGUCCAGCUGCAGAAUCUUCACCUGAAACAUGGUCAUGUGUAUUACAUCAUUGUUGUAGCUGUCAACGAGGCUGACAUGUGUCGUUCUGUGACGUCACCACCAAUUUUAGUCGAUAUCACUCCACCAGAUCUUACAUUCACAGUUUUACAUAUCGGUAGGGUAGCGGAUGAUAAAAAAGACGAUAUAUUUGUCGAUGAGAGUGAAAAACUUGAUGUCACAUGGAAAAACUUCACAGAAAAUGAGAGUAGCAUUGCUUCUUUUGAGGUGACAUUAUACGAGAUGAGUGAUUGUUCGAUGAAAACUGUUUCUCCGGAGUUCAAGGUUGAUUCCGUUUUGGUUACAGCUGAUACUAAGAUCACUUUGUAUCAGCUGAUGUUAUUGCCAAAUGUAUUUUAUUUUAUAGAAGUAAUUGCUUUAAAUACCGCUGGUCUCAAAUCUUCAAUCAUUAGUUCCAGAUUCCGGUUAGAUGUAUCUGCUCCUUUAGUAGGGGAUGUGAAAAUAGCUCCAAACUGGUACACUGCUUCUACGUUUCAAUCCUCGAAAGAAACAAUGACAUCAUGGAUUGCUAUAGCCAGAUCUCACGAACAAUUUGUUUGUCCGAAUCAAAGAGUAGUGUUCCCGAGCUUCUCAUCAAAUGGUCCCUCCUGGGUAAAAAUGACCGGAUUUUACAGUCCAGAAUUCGUGGAAUUUGCUGAAAACAAAGCGACGCUAACAAUAGGGUACAACACGGCUCAAACGAAGUUUUUUAGAAGCGGCAUGAAAAGCACACAAAUAUCUUUGUUGCCAGGGAAUUACACUGUUUCACUUAAGGCGGCAAGUGGUGUCGAUAUUAUUACGAUUAUUUCCUUUGCUUCGGAAUCUCAACUUUUUCCAACGAAUUACACUGCGCCACAUAUAACUGCUAUUAAUGAAGUUACCUUCAAUAUGACAAUACCAGAAGACGAUCGGGAAGAUGUGACUAACAUUUCGACAUCACAAGAUCCUACUGCCACAACAUCCACGUAUACCUCUUCAUAUUUAAGCACGUCUCAACCAGAUAGAAAUGUUACAACUAGCAGUCACGGAGAUUCUCCGAAUUCCGAAAGGUUUGGUUUCGGAUUAAGCAUCAUGGGGACUCAACAAAAUGGAAGUGAUCACUGGGACGCUAUGUUUUGGGUUGUUGGCCAAUAUAAAAGCUUCGAAGAAUGGAUUACAUUGGAUACCAAUCCGUCAGCAUCGGAAGGAACUAUUAUAUUUACAUUAGAAACAGAAUCUGCUCGGGGUAAAAAGAGACAAAAUAUCAAAUUAAUUGUGAACGGGAUAAUUAAAGCCAUAGCAAACGGAAUAACUUUCGGGAAUAGUAUGAAUAUGUUUAUUAGCACUGUAAAUGAUAAUAACUACGAACCAACAAUAGAAAACAUGUUUGAACCGUUCCGGUCCGAUGUAAUUGUUGCGAGUGUUCAGAUCCCGACUGACCAAGAGAGGCUAUGUUUGCAUGGCUCCGGAUUCUUCGACGGGGAGAGUAACAUAAAGGAGAUUUGGGUAGGAAUUAGUGACAGUGACAUUUCAACUGACAAUAUAUAUCCCAUGCGACACUAUAUGUCCCUGUGUUUGCCAUGUGAAGAAGAAUGUUUAGAGGACUGUCCAGCAAAAUGUCAGUUUGGCGAAUUUGAUUUAAUGAAAAUUGAAAUUACCGGUCUAGACUUAUUGCCAACAAUAGCGUCUGCUAUCAAUGGGUCGGAAAAUGAAUUUCAGAUUGAAGAGUCUCAUACAUAUUACGUUACUAUCGAAGUGGUUAACUUUGCCGGACAGAGCUCUUUCUCCAGAUCCAAUGGUAUCAUGGUGGACACGACCUCUGCGGUGUGCGAGUAUGUCAGGUGUCUCGACCCUGACAACAGCAUGGAAGAGCCCACCGAGUACAUUGGGACAAACAACAGCGUAGCGGCGUACUGGUCGUGUUCGGACCCAGAAAGCGAGAUAUAUUCCUACUCUGUAGGCGUUGGCACAUCUCAGAAUAGUGCUGAUAUCUAUAACAUGACCGAUGUUGGUCUUGCAACGAAAAGUCAUAUUCAUUUAAAAAAUGAAAAACUCUUCAAUCACGGAAAUACGUAUUAUUUCAAUGUCUGGGCAAAUAAUGCAGCAGGAUCCCCUGGUAAGUUUUCGUGCAAGUUUACUGUGGAGUUGUAUCCUCCAAAUGUUGAGAACGUAAUAACAAAAUCCUUAUUUGAAUACCAACCUACAGAUGAAAAUGGUUACCCAAUUGUAAAUGUAUCAUUUACGGAGUUUGAGGACAGCGUUGGAGUUGCCUGGAACAGUGAAGACGACAUAGCUGACAUAUACGAGUGGGGCAUCGGAACAGGCCCAGACAAACUUGACAUCCUCCCGCUGAUCAGAGUAGGGGUGACAAAGACGGGACAAGCAGAAAUAAUCCACGGUCACGUCUGGUUUAAUGGUGAGAACAUGAAUUCAACUGUGUCAAUGUUCCGUGACCAGCCAAACGACACAGCUGAUGGGUCUCUGUUGCUGCUGGAACCGGGCCAAUGUUUUCAUCACUCGAUCGUAGCGGUCGGGAGAUCGCACUUAAGAAGUUCCAUUCCGACAAAACCAACAUGCAUCACAAGGCCUAGUGACAUCCGACUUGUGCUGAAUGAGAAGCAGAACGCAACACUUAUCAUGAUGGCGGAUAGAAGUAUUAGGAAACUUAAUCCAGGAUCGGGACUGCCAAAUGAUGGCAAUGUAGUGAUCGAAAUACAAGCAAGUCACAGUGGCAUAAUGAUAGGAUAUCUGAGCAAUGAUGACGUCGCUAAAAAUUAUGGGACUGAUGCAUCCGAUGAGUAUUCCUCUUACAUCGUCGAUCCCCAAUCUUCGAUGAUGUACACUUCAAGACUACUCAAAAACAGAUUUCAGGCAUAUCAAGGACUUUCCUUUUUCAUAUCACCGAUGCCUUUCAUCGAAUCAUCCGACUUGGAGAUAACAAUACGUAUUAAGAUCAACGAGACCGAUUAUGACAACGAUACAGUACCCGCUUUGGCUCUCUGGAGCACUGCUGAUAGUGGUAUAGGAAAAUGGCUACAUGUUCAGGAGGAAUGUGAUCCGGAAAGGAUCAGUAAACAGGUCAACCAUACAUAUCUUACGACUAAGGUAUGCCAUGCAACCCUUCUAGGUAAUGUUCCAGUAGACAAUACAAGGUCGAAACGUGAUGCCACCUUUGACCCUGCUGUUUUUACAUCUUCAAACCAGUUUGGACUAUUUAAGAUGCAGAGCUCCUGUAUCAACGCAGCGCCCACUAUUACCACCGACGUUAUCUACACAACAGAAGACACACCUGUCGUUCGUCAUCAGUUGCUAUGGUCUGAUGCAGACAACGACGGUUUGGUAUUCUCAAGCAAACAACCAGCUUCAGGACAAGUAAAUGUGACAGGUGAUGGCUUCCUGACUUUUCAACCGCCUCAAGAGUUCUCGGGACAAAUACAAAUUGAAAUCGAGGCAGAAGAAACAUCUGUUUGUGAAAAUAAAAAUUCAGUGUCAAAGGUUAUUACAAUUCAUAUUAGUAGUGUAGAUGAUGCACCUAUAGUUGGAUUCUUAUCGCACGAUAAUAACUUUACGCUGGCUGACCAUUUAAACGCAGAAAUUGUUAUUUUUCUGGAAAGUUAUAACACUGACCACGACGUUGGAUCCCUUCUAAUAGUAGAUGCCGACAUUGGUGAUAGUCUGAAGUUAGUCAGUCGGACUAUGAUCGAAACAGACGCCGUCCUUAUCCAGGAGGAAUCUGGUCAACACGUAGUACCAAACAAUACAUUUACGCCACUACAAAGCGGAACAUUCAAACGCAUUGAUUUGACACUAAAAACAAGUAAAGAUUUCCACGGACAUUUACAUUACCAGCUACUAGGAAGUGACCAGGGCGGUCAAAUGACUGCUAAGCUAGACGUUCAUGUAUUUGUGCUUGUUUCACCUUGCAUCCAUGGCAGAUGUGCUCAAACGGACAUAUGGGCCUUUCCUUGCAACGACAGUGCCAGAGCUCUUAGUUUUGACACGUAUACGUGCGCCUGUAAUGCUGGCUAUCGUAGUCAGUGGUGCGAUGAAGAAAUAGAUGAGUGUGCAGAAGAUCCCUGCAAUUUAAUGUUCGACUGCACUGACCAUGUUGCUUUCUACACAUGUCACAUCAAUGCCGGAUACCUUGCAGCCGUUCUCCUGUCCAGCGGUUUAGUCGUGGUUGGUGCUGGUAUCAUAUUAGCCUACCGGUACAAAAACCUGAAAAAGGACUCUAUACGGAUGAGUAGAAUGUUGAUCCCGGACGAUGAAGCCAUCUUUUCUCGCGCAGAUUCAAUAGUGCAACCCUGUAACGAUGCACAAGAAGAGCCUCCCCCAUUUAUCCCACCAUCGGAUACGGAUCCGUUUAAAUCCGAAUCAAGAACCAUGGAUCAGUCUCCACUUAAUCAGAAACCAGGAAACAUACCCAGACCAAUGCCACCAAACAAAUACCAAUCUAUGAUCAAACGUCCCGCUUAUUGUACCAAUUCAACUCAGCAGGCGGAUAGUGAUAUGACAAUAGUGGAUGUAUAGAGUAUAAGUGUAUGUCAUCAAACGACAGUCUACCGGUCAUAAUAUAGUUCACUUUUCCCUUUGUGUUUAAAGAACAAGCUAGCUCGCUGAUAUAUCGCAUGUCAUAUACGCUUUGUUAUAUGUUUGUAUCUUUCUUCAAAUGUUUACAGUAACAAUUCCUUCAGUUAAAAUAUCUACUUGUAUAUUAUGUAAAUAUGCAAUCAUGGAUGGAGUGGUUGCUAAUCAAUUCAUAAGUUAUGAAGCUGAAGGCAAUUCAACGUAUCAAUUGUUUACUACAUCUAUUGAUCGGAUCUUUUCUUCCAUUGAGUUGUUUUAUCAGUCAUGAAACUAACAUUUUACUAGACAGAAAUGACAGCCAUAAUUGACAAUUAGUGUGAUCGAUUUUCUAUGCUUACUAAUACAAAUUUUUAUUUCCAGAUUUCAUGUUGUCCUCUUUUUUUGUUUUUUUUCGAACGUUAAAUUGACAGUAUUUGUUAGAUGAGGUGUAUUGUUGUUAUAACAAUCAGGAAAUCUAAAUAAACAAUUUAAGAGAAAAAGUAACUUCUCACUUAAGUGUAAAAAUUUCGAAUUAUUGUAUCUUAAUCUAGAGAAGAAAAUCUUAAUCAGAAAGUUUUAAAAAAGAGACCUGCAAAUUAUCGCCUAUUUAUUUAUCUCCUGCUAAUCUAAAACCUUAAGGAUACGUUAACGUUUCAUUACACUUCAAAUAUGCGACUCUAUUCAAAAUUCCUUGACAUAGUGGUGGGCAGGAUCUCGUGUAAUAGCAGUGAUCUAGUAAUUUGCAUUAUUUAGAGUAACUACAACAGUGUUGAACAUUGUCGGAACGCUGUGGAUUCAUCACGAAUCCCAUGAAUGAAACAAUAUGAGGUACGAAACUUGUGAUUUUAAGUAACGAAAGAACAGCAUAAUACAAUACUAUACGUAUGCCGGAUAC